AUGUCUGAAUUAACAGAGGCGGAAAAGCGCAGGUUACUAAGGGAAAGGAGACAGAAGAAGUUUAGCAAUGGAGGUGCCAGCUCCAGGCUUAAUAAAAUCACCGGGCAGGCAAGCAGUCAUUUGAACGCAGAAUCACCUUUAGACGCUCCUAGCGCUGCAAAGACCACACCACCUGCGAGUGUGCAUUCGGCUACUCCAGAUAUCAAAGAAGAUAGCAACGUAGCGCCCCAAUUGGACCUAUUGAAACAGCUCGCUGCCAUGCAAGGCCAAGGUACGGGUAAAAGUACCCCUCAGGACUCCUCUACGCCCGAUCUACUCUCACUACUAAGUUCUAUGAACACUGGCAUGCCCAGUGCAGAGGGUACACCAUCGUUUGGUCAAGCGGCUCCUGCAGCCCCGAUCAAUCAAGCUGCUUUGGACUACCAUGAUUACUUGCUGAACAGACUGAAAGCCUGGACCAUUCUUGUGAAGUGGGUCUUUUUCCUACUACCCUAUCUAUACCUAAUCACAAGACCAAAUUCCUCUGUGUGGCCGGCCUAUGCAUUUACUCAAUCAGCUUGGUUUGCACCUUUGCGGAACCCAUCGAAUUUCACUAGAAUUUUUGCCACGUUUGAGUUCCUUUCCAUAUCCAUCUACUACCAGCUAUUGAAGAAUGUGGAACACAAGAGCAAGAUUAAAAAUUUACAAGAUACCAAUAAACUUGUCAAGUUAGUUUCACUGGUGCCCGAGGGAGUAAUUCCCGUCGCCAACCUGAAGGGGAAGCUAAUUACCCUUUUGCAAUACUGGGAUCUAUUGUCCAUGCUAAUCACUGACAUUUCGUUUGUGCUAAUUGUCUUAGGCUUAUUGACGUACUUAUAA